AUGGGCCUGGGGAACCUUCUUUCGGGCUUCUCCCAAUCAGCCGGGCAGCUCUAUAUCACGCGAGCGUUUAGCGGCUUCGGGGCUGGAGCGUUGAAUGCCCUGGUGCAGAUUACUAUCUCGGAUACCACCCGGCUCGAUCAGCGCGGCUACUAUUUCGGCAUCUUGGGCAUUGCUGUGGCAUUGGGGAAUGGACUUGGUCCAGUGCUGGGGGGCCUCUUGACGGAGUAUGUGUCUUGGAGAUGGGCUUUCUGGUUCAUAUGCCCGUUGACAGCCACUGCGAUCGGUUUCUUGCUGCUUGUUUUACCGGGCAGAUCGGCUACAGACAAUAUUGGAGAGAACCUGAAGAUGAUUGAUUGGUAUGGAGUGGUGAUGAGUAUGGUGGCUGUUAUACUUAUUCUGAUCCCCAUCUCCCAAGGAGGAUCCACUAUACCAUGGGACUCUCCCAUUACUAUCGGCAUGCUAGUUACUGGAGUUCUCAUAUUUAUUCUUUUUAUUAUCUUUGAAUGGCGCCUGGCCGACUUGCCCAUUCUGCCAAUGCGCCUGUUCAGGUACAAUCGAUCUACAAACAUCUUGCUUGCUAUGAACAUCCUCAUCGGCUGGGUGUUUUGGGGCAAUUUGUUCUACCUGCCACUAUAUUUCCAGACCGUACGCAGUCUAAGCCCAGCAACUGCUGGAUCCCUCAUCUUGCCAAUGGUGAUUGCUCAUGGUAUCACAUCGGGGCUAAGUGGUGCAGUCAUGUCCCUAACUGGGCGCUACAAGCCUGUCAUAAACGUCGGGGCAGCCUUAUGGACGGUUGGCGCCAUUCUUAAACCAACAUAUGGAAAACUGACACCAUCUCCCCUUAUUUUUGUGGCUGGAGUUCUCGAAGGCAUCGGGGUUGGUUGCGAACUGCAGCCUGUCCUCGUCGGUCUUCUUGCCGGAUCGAACAAUGCGGAUCGCGCAGUGAUCACUGGCCUGCGUAACUUCAUCCGCGAUAUGGGCGGAUCUAUUGGGAUCACGGUUUCUGGGGCCAUCAUGAGUAAUGUUCUACAGGCUGGACUCAGGGCGCGGUUCAGUCAAGAGAUGAUCAAGCAUCUAGCCUCCUCUGCCUUAACAUUACCAGAUAUCGAGUUGUCAGCCGAGGAUAAGAAGUUGAUUCUUGAUUUGUACGUCCGUGGCUUAAAUAUCAUAUUCUUGUCUUUUUCCGUUUUGACAGCGAUUUUGCUUUUGGCAUCGUUGUUCCUGCAUGAAUAUGGUCUUGUUCAGGGGAAGCAGCCUGAGUUCCACAGGGAUGAGAGUUCCCACGAGGAGUGA